UUAAAAGUAUAAAAUCUUACUUCCCCUUUCCUUUAAUUUCCCUAUUUUAUACAAAAAUUUUCAUUGUGAAAAUGUCUACUGGUCGUCGCUUAGCUAAACGCUCCAUAAUCGGCACUAAAGUCUGUGCUCCCGGACCCGAUGGUCUCUGGUAUUCGGGUGUUAUACAGGAUGUUAAAACUCCACCCUCGGCUACGAUAACUAGUGCAUUGGCUACUACGCCCAAUUCACCCCCCGAAACCAAAUACAUUGUACGUUUCGAUUUUAAAACCCAAGACAAUAGCGGUAACAUGGAGUCACGUCGUGCGGUUAGCGUGCAUAUAAGUCCGGCUCAGUCGUUGCGUCGCAAUGCCAUGAUUAAAGAAUUUCUCGAAUCGGAUUUAAUCGGUCCCGGUUUUCGUUCGAUAAUGGGCGUUAAAUUGCAGCCGGGUCAACGGGUGUUUUUGACACACAAUGGCCGUGAGACAUCGGGAGAUGUGAUGACGCAUGACAGCGAACAGGAUGAGGUUCUGGUGAAGAUCACAACAAUCGGAAGUGAGGAACCCAUUGAAUUGAAAAAACGUUUAGAAGAAGUGCGUCUGCUAGAAUCGCGACGCUCAGCACGUUUAGCCGAUCAGGAUCGAGAUACAGAUUUUGCACGUUUAGCCGACAUGGGUGGAGACAGGCGUAAACCAUCACACAGUAUUGAGGUGCCAUUAUCAACAACGCCACAACACAAUUCACGUAAACGUCCGCCAUCUUAUGCACAUGACAGCAUUAAUGGGGACAACUACGAUGAAGAGGAAAUGAAUGAAAACAAUGCUGCCAUGAUUUUGGUCACACUCUCACUUUCUCCAAAGUCACCGAAAAAUGGAGAUAAAUGGCUGGGUUCCAGUCCCGGCAGUUCAUCAGCCUCCUGGAGUUCAGGCUCAUCGUCACCGCCUUUAAGCGAUGAUGGCCACAAUAUGGGUGUCAUUACAAAUAAUGAUUCAGCCAGUGCCCGUAUACGCACCACAUCAGUGUCAACCUCCGAUGAAGGUAUCGUGGUUGACUUCAAAGAAGAUGUGCCACGUAAAAAGAGGCCUAAUAAAUCAAAAUUUGUUUGUACCUGGAAAGGCUGCAAUAUCAGUGAACAUACAAAAGCCAAAAUUGAACGUCACAUACGUAUUGUACAUCUUGGUUAUAAGAAAUCCCGUCGUACGGCUGAUCACUUGGAUAGUGACAGUCAUGACAGUGAUAGCCAUGAAGAGGAGUUCUAUUAUACAGAAGUCGAAGAUGACGACGAUGAGUGCAAAACUCCUAGUCCAACAUCACCACCUACACUUAGCCACCGCGACAUGGCACGUCCGCCCCACGAAGAUCCUGAAUACCAAAGACAACUAGUUGGGAAUUUUAAGCAAGGACGUGCGGCAGCACAAUUACAACAACAAAUUAAUGGUAAAAAUAAACAUCACAACAAUAGCAGCAGCAGCAACAAUCAUCAACCACACACCAUUUAUGUGGGCGGCAAUCAACAGUUGCAACAACUGCAAAACAAUAACACCAGCUGUAUACCAACAUCGCCAUUAGCCCAUCAUAAUUAUACUUGGCCACCUGCCAAGGCCACAACAGUGAUUACAACAUCCGUUACAAACACCUCAAAUAUUAACAGUAAUAACAAUCACCACCAUCAUCAAGCUUGCACCACAAGUAAUUAUCACAGCAAUAAUCAGCAGCAAAAUAACCAUCAGAAUAAUCACCAGCAGCAACAACAACAGCCAACGACAGCAACAACAUUCAUAAAACAUGCUCGGGCAUCACCACGUCCGUCCCAAUCUACAGCGCCAUAUCCAUCACCAACAUACGUCCAUCAACAUCACAAUUACAGUAGUCCGGCACCAAACAGCCCCAAUAAUACAGUACCAGCAGCAGCAUCAGCAGCAGCAACAACAAUCGUACAUCAUAACAACAGCAGUGCCAACAGUGUGCUACAACAAUUGUCGCAACAAAAUGUUACAGUGACAACCACACAUCACAGUAACAGCCACCAACAACAUCAACAAACUCAGCAGCAGCUGCAACAGCUGGCAACUGUUACCAUAACACCAAAUUAUACACACUCAAGAGGUGUCCACCAUCAAGAUACCACCUCUACGCAUCAGCAUCAACACCAUCACCACCAACAGCAACUUCAGCAGCAGCAGCAGCAACAACAACAACAACAUCGUUUACAUCAAUCGCCAACAACAGCCACUGCCAGCCAUAGAAUGGUUGCCCCCAAUACAAACUCCAAUUCUACCACUAGCUCGGGAUCUGCUAUUGCGUCGACGUCAGCUGCAUCGGCGACAACAACAACAAAUACCGGCCAUGUUCAUCAACAACAUGUUGCUGUGCAACAUGCCAACAAACAAACACCCAACUCACCGAAUCGUCGCACAAGAGGCGAAAAUAAAAAGUGCCGCAAAGUGUACGGCAUGGAUCGCCGCGAAAUGUGGUGCACUCAAUGCAGGUGGAAAAAGGCCUGCAGUCGUUUUGGUGACUGAAAAAGGCCCAAAUCGUCGAAAGUGGCAGCGGCGACAACGACGAUGACAAUGACGACGACUACGACGAGUGCGAGUACGACAAUAAUGACUGAAAAUGUAAUGUUGCCAACGUUGCUAACGGCGGCGACAAACAUUCAUCCCUCAACAACAAAUGCAGCAACAAUAGCAACAGCAACAACAUUCACUAACAACAACAACAGCAACAAUAAUAAUAAUGGUAGUAAUAGUAGUUGUAAUAAUAACAACACAAAUUCAAACAGUAAUAAUAUAAAUAAUAUGGCAGCAUUGCCACAACAACAACGGUCAACAGCAACAUUUGAAAAUGGCGCAAAUAUUCCCACAUUAAUUACAAAAGCGACAGCAAAACGUCAUGCCAACACAAGCAACAACAAUCACAAUAAUAAGACGUUUCCCAGCAAACAAUCAAAACAUUUCUUAGACACAAAUGCAAAUGUGAAUGCAGUGACCACACAUAUGCAUACAAUACCCACCACCAACACAACCAAUAAUAACAACAACUCCAACUCAUUUUGCAGCAACACCACCAACAACAACAAUAAUAACAACAAGUGCUGCAAUGCUGCCAAGUUGUGUGGUGCUGUAGCUACUUCAGUUAUUGUUAAACCACCAAAUAUUUUUAGUAAGUCCAAUAACAAUAAUCAUUAUCAACAACAACAACAUCAGCAACAACAACAACUUUUGGCCAACACUAUGACAGUGAUAACAACACAACAAAUAGGUAAAUUAGAAGAGCAACAUCAUCAGUCUCAAACUACCACCACCACUACCACGAGACAUAUUUUAUUAAAUUCUCCUCCUGCCCCUGUUUUAAAUGACAACACUCUAGAUACAAGUGGCAAUAUCAGUGCUACAACAUCAACAAUAGCAACAUCACAACAACAAGUGGUACUAUUACAUUGUUAAAUCCAAUUAAAUAACAAAUUCAAAUUAAUAACGUUUCUUUUGUUUUCUAAUUUAAGUAUUAUUUUUUAAUUGAGUACAAAUUAGUAAAAUCUUUUCUUUUUUAUCUUUUUUAAUAUAAAUAUUGAAAUUUUUAUAUUAAUUAUAUACUUAUAAAUAAUUCAUUUUACGUUUCUUUUUUUUAAUUUGAACUUUAUGUACUUAAGACCGAUAUUUAAGCUGUAUAAACUUUGGCAAACAUUAUAUUGCGAUCAAACUUAAUAUUUUGCGAAAACUUUUUGCUGAAAUACCCAUAGAACUCAUUUAUCACUACUUGCCAAUAGCUAAGAAUUCUCAAUAAUUUUCUAAACUUAAUUGUUUACUUGGCGAGCUUGAGGUUUUUUAAUAUAUCGUCUCCUUAAAUGCAAACGGACGUAACUACACAAAAAUUCGAAAUCCAUUUUUUGAUUGAUUAUUGUACGUUUUAUCGAACUACCCAAAAUUUUAGACUCCUACAAUCAAGAACGGGAUUUUAUUAAAGAAAUUCAUUGAAGAUGUAAUUUUUUCUCUCGUUCAGCAUUUGUUGCAUAUCUGUACUAAUCGGUGCUCCUAUCAUGUCAUAUUGUUCUAAUAUUUCACAAUGGUUUGAAAUGCUUUUCAAGCAAAAAAUUUCCGAAAAUAAUACUACUUUGUAUUCUAUGUUUAUUGUGUUAUAAUAACCCAGCAGCGGUGACCUGCGUCGAACGCAUAAGAGUCGGUUAAGCCGAGUCGUGAAGGACAUUAUGACUGACCUUGUGAAUUGACCAAAUGUAAUGCAAAAAAGCAUCAUAAAUAUGGCAACCUCUUAAAAAACAACAGUUUUUCUUUGUUUAUUUUCUUUUGUUCAAACACUUUCUCUUCUCUAUUAUUUUAUUUUCGCCAUAUUGAUAAAGAGAAUGAGAGAGAGGGUAAUGCAAAUGACUAAAACAUAUUAAGUAUUACCAUGGGCCAUGGCGUAAUGAUGUGACCAACGCAAUCUUAUGUAUUUUGUAGUCGGAUUACAAAGUAAAACUAUGAUAUUUUGCAAGACCAUUUGCACUAAACACUGAAGUACACAAUGCCACCUGUGUUAUUUUUGUUCUUUUUUGUAUUAAAUAAUUAUUUGUUAUAAAAGUUUAGCUUUUUCCUGACUUGAUACUGCUGCUGAUAAAUGACUUAUUCCUAUUAACAUUUUGAGAGAUCUUGCAACUAAUUGAGUUGAUAAAAUCUUGCUGAGAAAGGGUCACUGACCAAGUGAGAGCCGUUCGCUAUAGAUUCGAAAACAUGAAUUUAUCCCUCAAAAUAACAAACUAAAAAUUGCUGAUUUUGAAGUUAUUUAAAUAAAAUUUAUGGGAAAAGACUACCAAGAUUUCUGUACUCUUUAGAGGUCUUAAUUAAAAGUACUUACAUAUGUAUGUAAAUAUUUAUUUUUUCUUUUAAGAAAGAUGCAGAAUUUAUGAAUUUUUUCACAAUCUGAAUUUUUGUAAAACAUUACCGCUUACAAAUCCCAAUAACUGGACAUUUAUUAAUCCUUUUGAAAUACUGCCUGUACUGUUACAACGUCCAAGUGUUCAUCGUUUAAAAAUUUGACAAUCUGACAUUGUUUGCAAUUCUUAUGUCAAAUUUAAACACCAGCAUUAUAGUGGCAGUUAUUUUAUUUAUUUAUGAAUUUGUUUACACAUCAUGUUGCUUUAAACAUAUCAUAAAAUAUUUGACCAGCUUUUUUUUGGUUAAAAUUGUUGCCAAUAAUAAUUAUUAUUAUUUGUAAAUUGUUGUUGUUAUUACAAUUACUAUGUAUUUUUCAUUAACAUAUGAUUAUUUCACACAAUAUUAUUGUGUAAUGUUGUUUAAUUGUUUUAUUGUUUGUCUGUAAUAACAUUU